UAAAUACAAAAUACAUUAACAGUUUUCCACAAAAAAAAACAUAACAAAAGCCCAAAAUUUGCUGAGGACUCUCAAGCUAGUUCAAUUCAGAUACAUUUUCACGCUGCUUCUGCACAAUUAUAGCUGAAUAUUUGAUUUUGUUUUAGGUGGCAUGUCCUGCAACUCUUGUCCACCAUUUGGUGGAUACAAGUUUCCAUCCUGUUUUCAGCGAUACGGCGGCAUCUCUAACAAGAAGAAUCCGGGCAAUGUUCAAACGCUACACAGUCUCGCCCACAAUGUGAUGCCAAAAUUCUAUGACGGGGUCGAGCUCGAUUAUUAUCAUCGAUUGGCGCCAAACAAGUUCAUAUCGGCCGCCUGGGUAUUGAGUCAUGUUAGACCAGCGGGCUUUCGUUUUGGGGGCCUUUACACGUUUCGUGUGCUUGAUGAUUUCAUGCUGACGCCAACAAUCGUUGGUGACAUACAUCCGACCACAUUGGCAGCCAAUUUGAAUAUCCUUUACUAUCCCUUCAAGCCGCUACGCAUGGAGGCCGUCCUCCAAAAGCCUGGUGAGGACACCCCCGUGGAAACCCAAUACACAAUUGAAUGGACACGACCCAGCGACACUUGGACAGCAAAUUUGUACAACGUUCGCAAUGAGAACGGACGUUGCACUUUGUCCGUAAUGCGUUCAAUUACCCAGCACUGGGCAAUUGGUGGCGAACUGCUACUAGAAUGGAAUGAGCCGAAGAAGCUCAUGACAGACUUGGCGUUUGCUGCACGCUACUCGCAUCAUCAUUAUUCCUUUGCGGCAACCGUCUCGCGUCAAGGUCUGGAUGUUAGCUAUUGGCAGCGCAUUCAUCCACAAAUCCAGAUGGCCAACCUGUUGGCCUGGAAUCGCAGUACACGCAAAACAAUUGCCACCAUAUGCUAUCAGUGGAAUUUUUGGAACUGUGCCGUACAUGGCAUGAUCGAUUCUGAUGCGCUCGUUGGCUUUAUGUGGACCAAAUAUCUUUCACAUUUACCACUGCAAAUGGGUUUCAGUGUGGUAAUGAGUUUGCCGACAGAUCGUUUUGCAUUCGGAAUGAGAUUUGUUCUUGAUCCGAGCGGUUUAAGACGUGGCGACUGAAAUGUUUAUUUUAAUGUUGAAAUUAUAUUUUUUACCAAAUUAUCAAAGAAUGUCGUGUAUACAAUCUAAGAAAUGUUCGGUGUUUAAUCAAGAAAUUUGUAAGUUAAUGGGCGGUGUAUAACGACAAAGCAAAACGAAAAUAUAUUUAAAG